UCAUAUAAAGUAUAGAAUUACUGCGACCCCGUCAAACACGAUUUAAACGACAAGUUCUGCUCGUCGCGAAAUUUCGUUUUGCUCCAUCAUGAAAGUAGCGUUGUUUUGUAUCUCCGUAGUGAGUAUAGUUCUGGUCGUUUCUGACAUCUCUGCAGGUGCGGAUUGUAUCUGGUCAGCAAAUAUCUAUGUGCCCGGCAAAAAGGUACAAUUCAUCGGGAACGAUGGAAAUUUUUUGGGCACCGAAUCAUGCCGGAAUUUACGAGGUAAUUUUGCCGGCUAUCGCGAAAUUGGAAGCCCUGAGCACUGUCUAAUGCUUUACGAAAGAUCGAACUGCGAUAAAAACGGUCCGAAACUUAAAAUGCCCGCCAAAACAAAAUGGAAUUGGGACCUGAAGCGCAAGGACCGACCACAAUCUCUUGGAUGUUGCUGAGUUUCAUUUCGUCGGUGAAACUGUAGACCGGUUUUAUUUUUAAUUAUUGAUUUCAUUUACUUAUGGAUUGAUGUAAUUUCACUUUUAAGUAAUUAAACAACUUGAUCUUUAUGA